AUGGCGGACAAGGCCGACAUCAAGACUCCGCCUUUGGACGCCGACGCCAAGGAGAAGCCUUCCUUUGUCUUUCUAAGGCUCAAGCGCAAGCGCACCGACGAACGGAUGGAUCAUUUAGUGGUGUACAGCGAACCGGACGCGAAACGAGUCAAAUGUGGGUCUACAGACCUUUUGCAGGCGUUCACCAAUCUGUCGACGACCGACCAACGCUUUGUCUUCAAGCACAUUGACACGAUGGAUGAUCCAAUCACUUCAGGACGUGGCAAGUGGACAGAGCGACUGAAACGCAAGGCGAGAUCUCUCAAAGACGAACACGCCGCGAUGAUGGCCAAGAAGGCCGUCGCGUCGGCGUUCCAAACCGAUCUGACAGCUUCAAAGCCGACAAUACAACUCGUCAAGCAGCAGCAAAGUCGAUCUAAAGCGCUACGCAAUGAAGAGAGGCUCAAAGCAAGAGGAUUGCGCCCAAGGGUGAGGAUUACGGAGAAACAGACGAUAGAAGUACAUGGCAUUCGACUGGUGGAUCUACAGUUAUCAGCUACUUCGGGCGUAGAAACGAAUGAGCAAGUAGACGCAGAAGUGGAGAAAAGCGAGACGGAUGUCGUGACAGUGAACGGCACGCGGAUGAAAGCCAUGCGGGUGUUGAACCCAUACGAGCGCGAGCUGGACGAAGCGAUUUGGGCGGCUUUCCGCUCGAAUGAAUUUGCCUCGUUUUUCCAAAUUUACCACGCCCAACGAUCAGAUUUCGGUGCAUCCCCGACGGCGUUUCAACGGCCAGCAGAUGGAACCACGGUGCUGAUGGCAGCGGCACUGCAUGGACGUAGUGAUGUGAUCGAAGUGCUGCUGCGCUCUGAUUCUACCUGCGUUUUGCAAGAAGCCUGGACAGGUGCUACUGCGACCGCGUUUGCAAAGCAUGGCGGUCAUCGUAACGUGGAGACAGCGCUGCUUGCGUGUGAAGACGUGGAGCGCGAAAAAGACUACGUGUACGACGUAUACUGCGUUGACACCUCUGCGAGCAAAGAACUCAGCAUUGCGAGUGGCGCAGCGACUCCCUCAGAAAAUGGCUUUGAACGAGCCAGUGUGCAUGGCGUACCAAUUGUCAGCGUAAGUUCGGAGGUGCAACAAUGGCUCAUGGAAGAUGUGCCGAGUGAUGAGGUAGUAGAGGAGUACAUGCUGGAAUCCGACAUUGACAGCAAUGAAGAAGACGACGGAUUGAGCGAGGAUUCGAAUGACGAGGACAAUGCAGCUAAUGACUAUCCAGACGAAGAGUCGUCAGACGAGUCUCUGGUCGACAGUGACGACCUGAACGAGAUUGGAGCGCGGCGCCAUCGGCGAGAAUCUGAAGACGACCACACGGAGCGAGACGAGUUUGACUACUAA